UUUUCAAUCAUUUUCAGUCCGUUUUGGUUUGAACGAUCAACGAUCAUCGAUAAUGGCACCAAAAAUUGAAAUUUGUGUUGAUAAUUUUGAAUCAAUUCGUGAAGCAGUUAAAGGUGGUGCAAAACGUAUUGAAUUAUGUUCCGCAUUGAAAGAAGGUGGUCUAACACCAAGUUUAGGUUUUUUAAAAUUUGUUAAACAACAAUUUUCAAAAGAAUUGUUGAUCGUUUUUCCAAUGAUACGUCCACGUGGUGGUGAUUUUAAUUAUUCCGCGGAAGAAUUGAAAAUAAUGGCCAAUGAUAUUGAAUGUAUGCGAGAAAAUGGUUAUGCGGAUGGUUUUGUAUUUGGUUGUCUUCAAUCCGAUGGUACUGUUGAUUUGGAAGCAAAUCGUUUUCUGUUGGAAAAAGCCAAACCACUUCCAUGUACAUUUCAUCGAGCAUUCGAUAUGGUAGCCGAUUGGGAAAAAUCCUUGGAAGAUAUAAUUCAUUUAGGAUUUAAACGAAUAUUGACAAGUGGUCGAGCAGCCACUGCAAUCGAUGGUUUAGAACAGAUUCAAAAACUGAUCGAAUUGGCCGAUGGACGGAUUAUCAUUAUGCCCGGUUCAGGAAUCAACGUUGCAAAUUUGGCUCAAAUUCUGCGGACAACAAAAACACAGGAAUAUCAUUGUUCAGCAUCCCGAAUUCAACAAUCAAAAAUGAUUUAUCGUAAUGAACAAAUUCAAAUGGGAAAAUCUAAUGAAUCAAAUGAAUUUGAAUUGAAAAUUUGUGAUUCAAAUUUGGUUAAACGAAUGAUUGAAAUUGCUUCAAAGUUUUAAUUAUUUAUUUGAUUAGAAAAACGAAAAAACAAACGAAAAAAAUUCUUGUUCAAAAUUCACUGAAUCUUGAAUGAUGCUUUUGAUACAUCACCGAUACCAA